UCGCACCGCGAGCCAGUAUACAAACGACAGAGUUUGAAUCAACACUGCGAACAUUUCGCAACGUAUUCUUGUACGGCGUUAUAACGCUAACAUUCAUAUUACUACAUUUCCAAAUCGAUUGUGUGAAAUUAUUACAUUGACCGACGAAAGUUCUUCUGUGUUUAAGACAAUUUGUGAGUGAACUUUAUAAUCUACCAACGAAUUCGAGUGAUUAUUUGAAGUGAAGAACGAGGAGUGAUAAUUUUUACUUAAAAAGUCUAAUUGGGCAAAAAUUAAUAUACAAGGAAGAAACACGAUGGAUUCGCCACUCAUCCUUGACGGUGCCACAAGAUUUGGCCGGGGACUCGACUUGGAUAAUGAAUUUCCUGGCUUUCCAUUCGACGACGAAGGUUUUGGCCAUCAUCGCCGCGGCAACAACAUACGCACCCACCUCGACGAUCUAGCCGCUCGGCAUCCGGAAUUCGCCGAUCAGCUGUUGGGCCCACCGUGGGCGGACAUACCCUUCAAUACAAACUCGCUGCAUCGCAAUCGCAACGGAUCGGUCAGACGAGGCUCACAGGAACGAGCCAAUAAUCAAUCGGACGAGGACGCGCGAUCACAAGCAAGCGGAAGCAGCGCGGCGAGCGGUGCAAGUGGCGUGAGCUCGCACAACGGCAGCGAGACAGAACAGAAGCAACAGACACAGCCAUCGACGAUGGAAAAUCCAGCGCGUAACGUGCGUGCCAUGUCGGCGCCACCGGACAAUCGUCAGAACGUCCCACAGAGCAACGGCAGCCCGUUCGUCACGGCCAACGCAUCGCAGAAGAUGAACGACCAGCCCCAACAGAACGGACAGCGCGAGAAGUCGCCACCCUCGUCCCAGCAACAGAAGCCACAGUCGCCACAGCCACAGCAGACCGGAGGCGGAAACGUCAGGCACAUACCGAUCUUCGUCGAGGGUCGCGACAGACCCGUGCUGCCGAAGGACGUCGACGAGCCGGACUUCGUCAGACCACAGACUCGCGAGCAACAUCGGGAGUCGCCCGUUCACUUCCAGAGGCCGUCGCAUUAUCAGCAGCACUACAAGCCCUCGUCCGCCUGGCACUUCCAAGAUCCGUUCUUCGAUCAGCCGGCCAGCAGCUGGGGCUCGCCGCCGACGUCCAGUCCGUUAUACAGUCGGUUCGGAGCUCAGGAGAAGCCACAUCAUCAACAGAAGAGGCACACCGAGCAAACGAUACCGACGCAGCGACACCAGCAAGCACAUCAGCAGCAGCCCCAUCAUCCCCAACAGCCACAUCAGCAAAAACCACACCAACAAACGGAAGUGCCACAAGCUGAACCGCCUAAACCCAGGCAACAGGUUCAGCCGAAAGAUCCACUAGAAAAAGUUGCACUAGUCCAAAAAGAGGUGGAUGAACUGACCGAGCAAGUGAAACAGUAUUCGGGUAACUCGCGACAGGACAAGCAGUACAUGUAUCUCGACGAGAUGUUGACGCGAGAGCUUAUUAAGCUCGACGACAUCGAAACUGAGGGCAAGGACAAUGUCCGACAAGCCCGCAAACAAGCUAUUAAAAGUAUACAAGAGUCCAUCGCUCUUCUGGAAUCCAAAGCACCUCUGCCGGGUCAGCCGGAGAAUAACGAAGUUGCCCCAGAAAAUGAGUCUAUGGCAACCGACGAAAAUAGUGAGGAAAAAAUGGAGACCAAUGAGGUACAAACCGAUGUUGCGCCAACAGCAACGGCAGCAGCCACCGAAGAGCCUAAAGCGGCGGCAAUACCGUUGCCGGAUGUUCCAGUACCGGAGGAGCCCAAAGCCCCGGCCAUACCAAUGCCGGCACCAGAAUCACCAGUCAAAGCAACGUCGGUUGAAGCUCCUACUGAAAAGGUCGAAGAAUCCAAAGAAACUGCAGAACAGACGCUAAUUGAAGCCGAAGACAAAGUGUUAGAAGAAAAAACUGGCGGUGCACCGGAAGAGUCAUCUGGAGAACCAACAACUAAAGUGUCGCAAUUCUUUUUGACCAUUAAUGAACCAGUCGAAGACACAAAUAAACCAGUUGUUGAACCAGUCGCUGAAACGGUUGCUGAAUCGGUCGACAGUAGUGAUAAAAAUAAGGCUGUGGAAGAAACAACAAAUGCUCCAGCAAAAAUGGAAGACAGACAAUCGUCGCCAGUCAAAGAACUUGUCAUUGAAUCACCGAAAAAAAAGAAGACCACCAAAGUUAGUAAGCACUCAAAAGAGGAGCCAAAAACUGAAACAAAAACUGAAGCUACUGCUACUACCCUAGCAAAAGAAACAAAGCAAGUGAAGACUAAAAAGGAAGCACCACCAGUGCCAGAGAAACCAGAAAAGUCGCCAAAAAAGGCUAAAAAAACGAAAGAUACGAAGAAAGAACCGGAACCCGUGUCUGUAACUGCGAUACCUCUGCCCGCGCCUGGACAGAAUAUUUAAGCUACCUAAUUUUAUGAUAUAACAAAGCGUGCUUUAAAUUUAUUAGAUACCAUUAUUAAAAUUAAAAUUACUAUUAUUAUUGUUAUUAAAUCACAAAAGAGAAAUAAAAAAAAUCAAUUAUUAUCCAAUAUUGACUGAAAAAGAGGACAUUUUUAUCGUUUAAAAGAAAGGAUUACGUUUUUUUGUUAUCUAAAAGAGUACUUAAAUAGAAAAAAAAGUUGGAUCUUUCGAACGUAAUAUAGGAUACAAUAUGACUGUGAGAACGCAAGUGCGAAAAAAGCAUCUAUCUUCCUCCUGUUGAAGAUGCUUCUUGUGUGUAGAUAGACUAUAUACGAUUGUAGGGAAGCGAGUCUAUAAUAACUCUUAAUCGAGAUUGUCUCAAUAUUUUCUUUUUUAUACAUAUAAUGUAUUUCAAAUAUUUAUAUAAAAUAUAUUUAUGAAAUGUGUAUGUUCUGAUGAUAGUGCGUAUUUUACGUGCGUAAAUGUGUGCAUGUUAUGAUUCGAGGGAGGCAAGAUAUUUUUAUAUAUACCCUUCCUCGAUUUUAGUCUACUAGAAAAUAGAAAUAUGAAAAAUACAUUGGUAUAAAAAUUCAA